GUCACGUUAUCGAGUGUUCUGGGCAUCCAGACGUCACACUGCUUUCCUCCACCAAAUAGGCAAGUGUGCUGUUGAGGUCUUGACAUCUUCACGACUCCGUAUUUCACAAUGUCGUCCUUAGACGCAAGCGUGCAGCAAAUCCUAGAACUCCUGGUUCCUAAGUUCCGCUCACACAAACAACAAUCACCCCACCCAAUCGUGCUCGGCAUCACUGGCCUUCAAGGAAGCGGAAAGUCAACAUGGGCUGGCAAGAUUGUAGACGUGCUGUCAUCGAAUUACAAUCUUCACGCCAUCACGGUCUCCCUGGACGACUUCUACCACACCCACGACAACCUUGUAGCGCGGAGGGACCAAGAUCCAGAUAACAAGCUAUACCGCACACGCGGGCAGCCAGGAACCCACGACCAGCAACUCGCCCACGAUACACUGCAAGCGCUGAGAAAUUGGGACGACAGCAGUAGCUCAGGCGUCGCCAUCCCCGCGUUCGACAAAAGCCGCUUCAACGGCGAAGGCGACCGCGCCCCGCGCCCCUCCUGGCCGCACUGCGCCUCCAAGCCCGACGUCGUCGUCUUUGAAGGCUGGUGCGUCGGCUUCCGCGCCAUUCCCGACGCGACCUUGCACUCCAAACACGACGCCGCCCGAGCGGCCCCGCCAGAUGCCAACCCAGAGUGCAUCGUCACACUGCCGGACCACGCCUUCGCGCACAUCCAGGAGGUCAACCGCCAUCUGGAGCAGUACAACGAGACCUUCAUGGGCCCGCAGCAUUUUGACUUUUUCGUGCAUCUGGACACGGAGGAUCUGAGGAAUGUGUAUCGGUGGAGGCUGCAGCAGGAGCAUGCGAUGUGGAAGGUCAAGGGGGCGGGCAUGUCGGAUGAGAGUGUGAGGGCGUUCGUGAGGGGCUAUAUGCCCGCGUACGAGCUGUAUCUUGAGGGGCUGCGGGGAGGGUUCUUUGGGCAGGGGAGUGGGAGGCAUGUUCGGGUUGUGAUGGACAAGGAGAGGGGGGUGGAGAAGGUCGAGGUCAUCUGAGGGACCAGGCACGAGGAUUCAAAAUUGUACUGUGGGUCAUAGAUUCCUGACUCAUUGUGUGCAUGCUCGUCGUGCCGCAUAGCUCCUGUGUUCACAAGAGAGCAAUAUCGACCAGCUAGCACUAGAAGCAAAUGCUUGGAUCCGCU